CUCCAUCAAACAGGCAACCCGUGGGACCUGCCCAGCCCAGCCUGGCACAACGAUCGCCUCCUAUUUACCCUCGUGAGGCACCUCGUCCAGAGCAUGACAUAGCAUGGGAUCGGCGUGGGCCACCCCUGAACAUCAUCGUGAAUGGGAACGUGAACGAGAGCGUCGAGGACGCCCUGAGUAUCCUUCACAUCCUUCGCAGCAACCCUAUUAUCCCUCACGUUCUCCUGGCCCUCGUGGACACAGUCCAAUGGAGACAUCUCCUCGCUCUGCACAUCCGUCCGCACAUUCAUCUCGUGCAUACUGGGACUCCAAACCCCCUAGCGGUCCCCCUCACCCUCGUUCACCUGCACCACCAGGUCCUCCUGAGGGUGGCCACUGGCGAUACGACCCUGCACGUGAACAGGAAAGAGACGCGCGGGACUAUGAGCGAGAACGUCAGCUGCAUGAGCAACGUAGGCAGUCGGCGAGUUUCGCAGCUUCUCCAGAAGGCAUUCCACAUGCACUUCCUCACCAUAUGGGGAGCAACUCGCGUCCCUCUGAAAGCCCGCGACCCACUCCUGUUCCUGAUACGCGCGACCGCAAACGGAAGCCAGUAAAGGAUAGCAAGGAUUCGGACACGCAAAGCAUUGCUGGUACUGGGGUCAUUGGCGAGGCGCCAAAGAAGGAUAAGAAGCGAAGGCAGCGACGCGCCAAGGAUGAUUCUGGUCGGUCAGAUUCUAAUGGUGUUCUUCGAACAUGCCCGCUCCAUUCAAGAUCGGCUCUUUCUCUGCAAAAGAGGGACCUGAGACGUCUUCCUCGGGAAGCAGGUCAUUGCAGCCUUCGCCUACAAAAACGCUUCUUCAUCUCUCGCAAUACCGACCCGAGAUGCAAUCUUCAUCCACCGAUCGUGGCUCUGUUUCUUCUUCGCGCAGCCGUCCUUCACCUCCUGGAGGUUCUAGCUCCCUCAAGCGUCCUCUGAGCCCAGUCCCGGAUGAGUUGGACACGAAGCGAUCUCGGGUGGAUGGUGGCAAGCGCAGCGUGUCAUCUCCAUCAGGUUCACGACACACUCCCAUACCUUCGUCGCGA